UAAUAUGACAUAUCCAAUAUCACAUAAAUGUAUUAUAUCAAAAAUGAAUAAACGAAAUCGAAUGGUGCCAUACGAUUAUACAUUUCUUGCACAAAUUUUACUUCAAGAAAAACUAAUAUGCUCAGCAACAGUUAUACAUAAUUGUUGGCUUCUAAGUGCUGCAAGUUGUUUUGAUCUCACACCAGCCUGGCCAUCAUACGAGGUUCGAGUUGGUGUUAUUGGAAUGGAGGAAACUUACACGACACACCCAGUUUUGCAGGUUUUCAUAGAAGACAAUUACCAUCAUGGCAGUAAUGAAUAUAAUAUUGCCCUUAUUCAAGUUGAUUAUAUGGAUAAUAUCAAUUAUUUAACAUCAAUUAAUUUAGUAUCCACUCGAAUGAAUUUGUUUGAACCAAUGAGCUGUACAAUAUUAGGAUAUAAUCGUAAGAAUUCCAUAGAACUUGAUGAAAUCAAAAUGGUGGUAGCCAACUAUACAGAUUGUGAUUAUAAACUGAAUACACUAAGAGCAAAAGAAAGACGUUAUAAACCAAAUACAAUUGGUAAAAAUAAUUUUUGUCUGAUAUCUAGUGAAGGUAGAAAUGAAACAUUUUGUGAAGCAAUAAUUGGGGGGCCUGUAUUGUGUUCGUCAAACGAACAUUUAAGGGGUAUUGUGGUUGAAUUUCCUAUGACAAAACAAUGUAAUGAAACUGGACCAAUCCCUGUAAUUGAUAUUAGUUCUGAAUCUGAAUGGGUACAAGAUUCAAUAUUGAAUUUGAAUAAGAAGCUUUCCUUUCGUACGGCCAAAUCAUCUUCAGAUUUAAAACACAUUUCUGUUUUGAUCUUAUGGUAUAAUUGGUAUAGUGGUUUUUGUGUUACAUUAUAUUCAAAUCAAUAG